CUCAACAACAACUUUAUAGACAAGCUCAGCACAGGGCGGGGCCGGGAAAGGGGCGGGGCCGUCGGAGGCGGUGCUGACCCCGGGGCGGGGCCGUCGGGGGAACGCGGGGAGGGGCGGGCCUGCGGGGGGCGGAGCUAACGUUCGCUUUUCUGGCCUUGGGGGCGGGCGGGAGUGGCGGUCUUGUCCUGGCCCAACGCGCACCGCCCGGGAGGCUCUAAGGGGAGGGCGCUCCGUCCCUGGGGGCGGAGUCCUGACCGGCGGCGCUAGGACCCUGUGGGGAGCGGCGGGGGCGGAGACGGCGGCACCAGGACCCGGGGGAACCGCGGCAGGCGGGCGACGAGCAGGCCCGGGGGCCCGGAGGCUGCGGGCGGCGGCGCUGGGCCCGGCGCGGCGAGAGAGGCCCCGAGAUGCCGAGCAAGAAGAAGAAGUACAACGCGCGGUUCCCGCCGGCACGGAUCAAGAAGAUCAUGCAGACGGAUGAAGAGAUUGGGAAGGUGGCGGCGGCUGUGCCUGUCAUCAUCUCUCGGGCGCUCGAGCUUUUCUUGGAGUCCCUGUUGAAGAAGGCCUGCCAAGUGACCCAGUCCCGAAACGCCAAGACCAUGACCACAUCCCACCUGAAGCAGUGCAUUGAGCUGGAGCAGCAGUUUGACUUCUUGAAGGACCUGGUGGCAUCAGUGCCUGACAUGCAGGGGGACGGGGAAGACAACCACAUGGAUGGGGACAAGGGUCCCCGCAGGGGCCGGAAGCCAGGCAGCAGCAACCGGAAGAAUGGUGGGAUGGGAAGCAAGGGCAAGGACAAGAAGCUGUCCGGGACGGACUCAGAGCAGGAGGAUGAGUCUGAGGAUACAGAUACUGACGGGGAAGAGGAGACACCACAGGCCCCACCCCAGGCCAGCCACCCCCCUGCCCACUUUCAGAGGGCUUUGUGGCCUUCCCAUCCAUCCACCUCCUUCCCCACACGGAGCACGGACCAGGAGCCAUGGUGGGCUGGGCAGCAGCUGACUGAAGGGAGAUGCUGGAGGCCACAGUUCUGCCAGGGCAGGACUAGGGGUGCUGAUGGAAGGAAGGCGGGUCAGAGUGGUGGAGGGCCUGAGCCAGCUGGUGCCAGUGCUGCUGGGAGACAGCCUGUCUCAUUAUGCUGUGUGACCCUGGGCAGGUUCCCACCCUUCUCUGAGUGGCCUCUGCCUGUCUCUCUGAUGGAGACCACUCUGCUCACUCUGGGCUGCUGCAGAGGGACAGAUGGGACAAGUAACAGGAACAAGUCUUGAAAACUAGAGCUAGGG